AUGGCCUCCCGUGUCCCCCCCGGUGUCCCCCGUGGUGUCCCCUCCAGGGUCCCAUGGGUGCCGGGCUGGGGUCCCUGGGACGCCGAGGAGAUCCUGUCCGACCUGGGCUUCGUGGGCAGCGACCCGGGGGGCGCCUGGCGGGUCCCCCCCCGCUUCUUCUCCGCCCCCUCCCGCGCCAACGGCAUCGACUUCCAGCUCUUCCUGCGCUCCCAAGCGCGGCGUCUGGAGAUGGAGGAUCCCGGCCUGCUGCUGGCCGGUCGCUUCCAGCCUCUCCAGGCUUUGGCUGCCACGGCCGACCCCUUUUUCGGCCUCUGCUCCCACGCGUCGCGAACACCCGAGAGGCGCAUCGGCUCCCGGCCCUGUCGCGACAUCGCCGACACCGCCCCCCCGUCCUGUCGCGACAUCGUCCCCGCCCCACCCGGGGCGCGGCUCAAGCGGGCCGUGUCCCCAGACUCCCCAGAGCUCCGGGCGUUCGGAGCCCCCAAAACUGGUGGGGGGCAGCGCCGGGGGCGCCCCCACGGGCCGCGACCCCCUGGGACGCCCCUCAGAGAGCGGAGAGCGGAGGAGUCCGGGGAGAUGGAGGAGGUGCUGAGCGAUGGUCGCGAUGAUGGUCGCGAUGAUGGUGACAGUGACGGUGACAAUGACGGUGACGAUGCCCACAAAGAGACCUCUCAGCCCCUCCGGUCCUUCCGUGUGUCCAUCAGGACCCAAACGACCUCCACGUGGCUCUGGAGCUCCCACGGCUUCGAGGAGGGGUCGGUGCCCCUCCGGGUGCCCCCCCAGGCCCUCCGUGUGUCCAUCAGGACCCAAACGAGCUCCACGUGGCUCUGGAGCUCCCACAGCAGCAGCAGCAGCUCCGUGGAGGGGUCGGUGCCCCCGGGUGCCCCCCUGGGUGCCCCCCCAGGCCCGUCCCCCCUGGACGUCCUGAGGCCACCACGGGGUGGGGGGGACCGCCCGUGUCCCCUCGGGACCGUCAUGCUUUGGACACGCGUGGGUGUGGGUGUGGUUCACGUGUGUGUGUGU